CACCUCUAUAUAUAUACAAACUCACCACGCCCUUCUCCUCAACUUCUGAUUUCUAGAACACCGCACGCUAUGGCCACCACCUCCUUCCUCUCCGCGCUCCUGGCGCUCCACCUCCUGGCCGCCGCGCACGCCAUCGGCGUCAACUACGGCACGCUCGGCGACAACCUCCCGGCGCCGGCUGCGGUGGCCAACUUCCUCAAGACGCAGACCACCAUCGACCGCGUCAAGAUCUACGACGUCAGCCCGCAGAUCCUUCAGGCCUUCGCCAACAGCAACAUCUCCGUCACGGUCACGGCCCCCAACGGCGACAUCGCCGCCCUCUCGAAGAUCGAGUCCGCCAGGCAAUGGGUGGUCGCAAACAUCAAACCGUUUCAUCCUCAGACCAAAAUCAACUACAUCCUCGUCGGAAGUGAGGUCCUCCACUGGGGCGACACCGCCAUGAUUCGCGGCCUCGUUCCCGCCAUGAGGACCCUCCACUCCGCCCUCAUCGCUGAAGGCAUCACCGACAUUAAGGUGACGACUGCACACUCUUUGGCGAUAAUGCGGUCAUCGAUUCCACCGAGUGCGGGAGCAUUCAGGCCGGGGUUUGCAAAGCACGUGCUGGGCCCAAUGCUCAAGUAUCUGAAGGAGACUAGGACCCCUUUUAUGGUGAACCCGUACCCGUAUUUCGGGUACAACGGGAAAAACGUGAACUUUCUGUUGUUCAGGCCCAACCGCGGUUUGACCGACAGGAACACCAAGCUCCACUACACCAACCAGUUCGAUGCCUUGAUGGACGCCGUGCUCUCCGCCAUGAAGGCCCUCGGCUACGGUGACGUCGACAUCGUCGUCGGGGAAACCGGCUGGCCCUCCGUUUGCGACGGUUGGGACGCCUGCAGCAUCGACAACGCCCGCUCCUACAACGCCGAGCUCAUCAAGCACUUGGCUUCGGGCAAGGGAACGCCGUUGAUGCCCAACCGAACCUUCGAGACUUACCUUUUCGCGCUUUUCAACGAGAACCAGAAGCCCGGCCCAAUAGCCGAGCGCAACUGGGGCCUGUUCCAGCCCGAUUUCACUCCCGUUUACGACUCCGGAGUCUUCCGCACUGGACAGAGACCAGCAAGGCCUAUAACUCCUACUAGACCUGCAACGCCUGCAGCACCCGCAGGACCUGCAGUGGGAGGGCAAAAAUGGUGUGUGCCAAAGGCAGAAGCCAGUGACCAAGCUUUACAAGCAAACAUAAACUAUGUCUGCAGCCAAGGAGUUGAUUGUAAGCCAAUUCAACCAGGUGGAAAUUGUUAUGCAGCCAACAACGUUAAGGCCCUUGCAACUUAUGCCAUGAAUGCCUAUUACCAAGCCAAUGGUCGCCAUGAUUACAACUGUGACUUCUCCAACACCGGUCUUAUCACCACUACUAAUCCAAGCCAUGAUAAUUGCAGAAUCUGAGGAUGUUUAUUUACGGUCGUAUAAUCAGAGGCGGGAGAGGAAGAUAGAGAAUGCCCAUUGUCAUAUGUUGUCAGUGUGGCUGUGUCAGUUCAUUUGCGAUUAUGCAUUCAUGUACCCAAAUUAUUUAGUUUGUAAAUUGCGUGUUCUGGAAAAAGAAUGUUAACUUGGCAUGACAUUUCAUGCUUUGGCUAAAUAUUAUGGUCCAUCAACGACUAAAUCGUAGGAACAUCGCUUUAAUAUUAAAAUCGUUCGUAGCUUAA